AGUCUUCAGUUUCUAAGGAAAUAAAUAAUCAGUGAUUUUUUUUAAUUCGUUGGUUUCCACGGAGCAUUUUCUGAGAGGGAAAUUCAUAAUGGAACGAUGAAAGAAUGCGCUCAAGGUAAAGCAGACAACGGGUGUGGCUGAAAGUGAUUGGUGAGGUGCAGAUUCACUGUUAGUUUUGUUAGGGAGAGCUGAUCUCCUUUGUUUUCUCUGCCCUGAUGCCUCCUGCUGCACUGUAAAUUCAUGAUCACAUGACCUUGGAUAUGGACGCAGUCCUGUCCGACUUUGUCCGUUCUACUGGAGCUGAACCAGGACUGGCCAGAGACCUACUGGAGGGUAAGAACUGGGACCUGACAGCUGCCCUGAGUGACUUUGAACAGCUGAGACAAGUGCAUGCAGGUAACCUGUCCUACUCUUUCACGGAGGAGAGAGAUUACCCUCCCGCUGAAAAGGAGAUGGCCAGGGUGGGCCGGCCCCUUCUGCAUCGUCAAGAUGAAGUGGUGCAAGCCACCGAAAAACGUCUGUCGAGGGGAAUCUCUCACGCAAGCUCCACCAUAGUGUCUCUCGCUCGCUCCCACGUGUCCAACACAGGGGGUAGUAGCAAUGAACCCCUCCUGGACACCCCGCUUUGCACUUUCCAGCUGCCCGACCUUACCGUCUACCGAGACGACUUCCGCAACUUCAUCGAGAGAGAUCUCAUUGAGCAGUCCAUGAUGGUGGCUUUGGAGCAUGCUGGGCGACUGAACUGGUGGACGCGAGUGGCACCUGGCUGUCAGACUUUGCUGCCUCUGGCAACCAGUGGAGACGGUAACUGUCUGUUACACGCCGCUUCUCUGGGGAUGUGGGGUUUUCACGACAGGGACCUGAUGCUGCGGAAAGCCCUGUAUGCUCUGAUGGAUCAUGGACAGGAGAGAGAGGCCUUGAAACGCAGGUGGCGAUGGCAGCAAACCAUGCAGAACAAAGAGUCAGGGUUGGUGUACACUGAGGAGGAGUGGCAGAAAGAGUGGAAUGAACUGCUGAAGCUGGCCUCAAGUGAACCCAGAAUACACUACAGCACCAACGGCAGCAACGGGGCGGAGUCGUCAGAAGAGCCGGUUUAUGAGAGUCUGGAAGAGUUCCAUGUGUUUGUGCUGGCUCAUGUGCUGCGAAGGCCCAUAGUGGUGGUGGCUGACACAAUGCUUAGGGACUCUGGCGGAGAGGCAUUUGCUCCAAUACCAUUUGGUGGAAUUUAUCUGCCCCUGGAGGUACCAGCCACCAAAUGUCACCGCUCUCCACUAGUGCUUGCUUAUGACCAAGCACAUUUCUCUGCCCUGGUCUCAAUGGAGCAAAAGGAGGGAUCCAAAGAGCAAGCGGUGAUCCCACUCACUGACUCGGAUCAUAAAAUGUUACCUGUUCACUUUGCUGUGGACCCUGGAAAAGACUGGGAGUGGGGCAAAGAUGACACAGAUAAUGUCAUGCUUGCAAGCGUAACGCUAUCUUUAGAGGCCAAGCUUCAUCUCUUACACAGCUAUAUGACGGUCACCCGGCUUCCUCUGCCUUGUGAGGUACAGCAAGCCCCACUGGCCCAGCCCGAGUCCCCCACUGCCUCAGCAGGCGAAGAUGCUCGCACUCCCCCUGACUCAGGAGAAUCCGACAAGGAGUCAGUCAGCAGCAGUUCCAACGGCAACGGCGACGGGAGUGCGGCAGGGACUGCCGGGGCAACAGGCAAAACCAGCGGUGGUUCCUCCAGCUCCUGUAGCUCCUCCAGUAACAGUUCUGGAGGCACGGGAACGCUAGGAAAAGAGAAAGGCAAGAGAGACAAGGAGAAAGACAAAGACAAGGACAAAGACAAGAAACGAGCUGAUUCAGUGGCUAACAAGCUUGGCAGCUUUGGUAAGAGCCUCGGCAGCAAGCUGAAGAAGAACGUGGGUGGACUCAUGACUGGUAAAACUGCAGGAGGUAGCGGCGGGAAGCAGGGGGAGGGUCAGGAGAAGAAGAAAGGCUCACUGAGAGGUCGGAAGGGAAGCAAGGACAGCUCGCCGUCAAUACAGACGGGCUCUGAGGACUCUGGGAAGGGUUCACCUUCCUCUAGCAGUGAGCGUCAGAAUGGCAGCAGCUCCUCAGAGGGCGACCCCUAUAAGUACAGCUCAGACGUGAAGGUGAGUCUGAGCAUCCUGCGAGCUGCCAUGCAGGGGGAGAGAAAAUACAUCUUCGCCGGGCUGCUCACCACCAGUAACCGUCAGCCUUUCCAGGAGGAAAUGAUCCAGCGCUACCUGGCUGACGCCGAGGAACGUUUCCGGGCAGAGCAGGAGCAACGUAGGGAAGCCGAGCGGAAAGGAGGAGGGGUUCUGACCAUGACCAACGGAACGCAACAGAAAAAAGAUGUGGUGGAACUAGGUUACCGUACUUACGAGCCCAAGGAGGACACAGUAGAUGGCUCCCCCUCCACAUUCAGUACCCUGAAGUCCUCUAGCUACAGCCCCUCCAUGUACUCUGGUGUAGUGCCCAUCCCUAGGCCCACCUUUAUUGAUCAGUCCCCUGCCCCACUCACCCAGCAUCUACAUAUGCAUGGAUAUAUGGAGACUCGAAGACAGCUGGCAGGUGGCUCGCCCUCCUCCUACCCCGGUCUGCCAUCCUAUGCCACUCUGCCCCGCCACUGUCCGGUGGCACAAGGUCCUCCUCAAACCCAGUAUCAACCCCCACCCUCUAUAGCAAGCCCCUCGCGAGUCACUCCCUGCUUUCCUUACGUCCAAGAGCAAGACCCUGCUGAGUUUCAAGCAGAGCCAACAGGAGGUGGCUACAGCAACGGCUACCGGGACUUCCGCUCAACAUUGGACAGUCGUAGUGCACCUCCUCCCGUGAGACAUUACUCUCUGGGCAGCGCCGGCGGUUUGGCCAGCCUGCAGUCCAGCCGGUGCCGAACGCCCAGCUGCAAUUACUACGGACACCCGGAAACGAGCAACUUCUGCUCAUACUGCUAUCGCGAGGAACUCAAGAGAAGGGAAACGGAGCCGGCCAUCCACAGAUCCUGAGCGGACUCCCUGUCUGUUGUCCUCCCUCCUGGAGGACUCUGCGGAGCCCUCUUUCGUGCAUGAGCCUCACAAUGCUUCAAACGUUUGUUAAGCCUUUGGAACCAGAAUGGAGGGACUCCCCUCUGAGUCAGAGGGGUUUGUGAUGGUGGACGACAAUAGAUUCGAGGAUUCUUUCACAUUUGUCGUAGCUCUUUAGACUGGCGCUUGGUGGGAGACUCAUCCUUGCUCUUAUCUGUCACUCUUGUUAUAAUCGCCUUCAGAUCUGUCUCCUCCUUGUGGUGAGAAUGUAAAGCACAGGCGAUAUUUUCAUAGCACAAUGUGCUGUCUAGCAUCACAUGAACACGCACAUAUGCCAUGAUGUACUCUAAGCACAACCAGAUAAUGCGUAUUUAUAUCAGCUGAGUUUGUAGGAAUACAGUCAGUGCUGCUUUAGAUCAGACUUGUAAUAACAGGCUAAUGAUGGUACUUUGGAUGUUCCAUGUACCACACCUAAAGUUUUAGUGUGAGAAGACUUAACGAGGGAUUGCUCCUAAUGCUCCUUGCAUUAAGAGAAUCCAAAUUGUCAAAGACAUUUGAUGGGUUACACUGAGUUAGUCUUUUUGCCAUAUAUUGUCUGUUCAGGCUACGGCUUGUAGCAUUCCUUUAACCAGCAGUGGUGAGCUUAGCUGCCCGUUAACGGGUUGUUCAGAUGUCAUUGCCUAAACUGAAAGAGAGCUUUAGCCCUGAGGAGUUCACCA